GCCCACCAACCCCAAGGAUGGCACCUCCUGCCCUGUGGCACGAGGGGCAAUUUGGGAUCCGAGAUUCAGACCUUAGGUUUUGGCUCGGCCUCUGGUUUCUAGGGGCAUCUGAAUCCGCAGAUCUCCGGGGUUGGGCCUGCACCUAGGACACCUGCCAGGGCAUGUGGAAGUAUCUGGUGUUGCGGGGGGCAGAGGAUGCUCGCCAGUAGCGGCGCCAAACACUGGUGUCUAGAAUGAUUGAGCCCCACCUGCUCGGUCCGUCUGGUGUUUGGAACAAUUCAAUCAAGCAAUGGAAGAGGGAAGGCAAAAUAGCUGUGUGGCUGCACAUUCCUGUCCUUCAAAGCAGUUUUAUUGCCACUGCUGCAUCACAGGGCUUUACUUUUCACCAUGCAGAAGGAGACUCAUCCACACUGACGCUGUGGCUAGGAGAUGGGAACAGCAGGUUACCAGGGUAUGCCACACAUCAAUUAGGAGUUGCAGGUGCUGUGUUAGAUAACACUACUGGAAAAGUGUUGGUUGUACAAGACAAAAAUAAAACUAAAAAUGCAUGGAAAUUUCCAGGAGGCUUGUCUGAUCCAGGUGAAGAUAUUGGAGACACAGCAGUUCGAGAAGUUUUUGAAGAGACUGGCAUCAAGUCAGAAUUCAAGUCCAUCCUAAGCAUAAGACAGCAACACAGACACCCUGGAGCCUUUGGGAAGUCAGAUAUGUAUAUCAUCUGUCGCCUGGAGCCUUCCUCAUUCAACAUCAGCUUCUGCCAGCAGGAGUGCCUGAGGUGUGAAUGGAUGGACCUUGAUGAGCUUGCCAAGACGAAAGAUGCUACCCCCAUCACCAGCAGCAUAGCUAAAUUGUUACUUUAUGGAUACAGGGAAGGGUUUGAUAAGAUUGAUAUAACUAUGAAAGAAUUUUCAGCUGUUUAUACAGGCCUAGUCUAUAAAUUGUACUACAGGGAGCUACCAGAGUCUUAUAAGGACAUGGGAGGAUUAUAAGAAGCUUCACAUUUAUUAAAUUAAAUACAUAACAAUCUUCUAAAAUUUGGGUGUGCUUGUACCACAUUAAAAUUAUUAAUGAACUGUU